AGGUCAUUGUUACAUUGUUUCACCAAAUGGAGCCAGAGAUUGCAAUUUCAUCGAACAUUUUUAGAAUGUUACAAUAUUCGUAGGCAUAAAUGGCAACAUCGAUGUGCAGCGUUUACACACGCAUAAACUCGUUCUGUGCACAUUCCGUAUUGUCUGUCAUUCAACUUCUACGUCGAUGCUGUUUGAGAAUACGACUUGCAGGAUUAACUGUGCGUCUGUGUGGGUUUUUUGUGGGUCAUGGGGGAAAGAGCAGGACGUAAAUAAAGAGACACGCGUUAAUAAACACGGGUAAAGAUUUACUUUCGCACUCAGUAGCUUCGCUGGAUUCUUGAAUUGCUAGCGAUUUAUUAUCUUGUAAGCAGACAAUUAAGAGGAUAGUAGGAAGGUCUACAGUCAGUAGUAGUAGGUGGUGGGCCCUAAUCGUACAGCAUCUGUUUGGGUCAGCGGAAAAAAAUCCUUAAAUCUAAACCCUAGUAUAGCUACUGGACCACCUGUGGACUGGGUACAGUGUUGUCUCCCCUUAUUUUAGCUCUAAGGUGGUCUGAUUGGAUACACUGCUGCCCGGUGUUGCCAUGGCGAUGCAGGAGCUGGUGGAGGGGGAGUGCGGGGGAGCCAAUCCCCUCAUGAAGUUGACGGGUCACAUGACCCAGGAGGGAGGUGCUUGGAGGCACAGGUCAACGCCAACUAUUCCCCCUACACCCAUUGAAAUUGCAACAGAAGAAGAGUUGGUGAAUGAGUUCAUGCAGCAGGCGCCUCCACGGCCCCCUCACAGCUUUGACAUGGGCCAGUUACUGGAGGAAAUGCAGCAGAUCGAUCAGCAGAGCUACAGACAGGCUCCACAGAGAGCUCCGGGUGUGGCCGCGUUGGCCCUGUCUGGUGAUUGGACGUCUGAGUUUCUGUCGGGAGCGGAUGCCGCCACCGCCUCUUCAGGGCAGGCGGGACUUGGAGACCCGGCUGACGCUGAUUGGACCAGAGAGUUCAUCACCGAUGGCACAGAUCCCGGGCGUUGGGCAGAGGAGUAUCUGGAGCAGUCAGAGGAGAAGCUAUGGCUCGGAGACCUGGGGGAGAGGGAGCAAGAAUGGACGAAAGAGUACCUACCAGGAGACGAACUGAAGCAAACAGCCAAUGAGCUGGUCGCAAAGGUCAAUGACCCCAAGUUACAGAACACUGAGUUCCUGCGGUUCAUUAGGCAGAUUGGCGAGGGCAGUGUCACAGUGGAGGACAGAGCAGGCAAACAGCACACAGAUAGAGCUCAGGCCAAGGAGGCUCAGAACUGGGCCUCCAACCUCAACCAGGUCUCAGUGGAGUCAGCGGAAUCAUGGGUAGAUGAGUUCGCCACAGCAGGUCCAGAUUUCCAGGAAGCUAAAGCUGCUGUGGAGAGCGACGUGGACUUCUGGGAGAAGCUGCAGCAGGAGUGGGAGGAGAUGGCCAAGAGAGACGCAGAAAGUCACCCCUGGCUCUCCGAUUCUGACCAGAUGCUCAGUAGCUCCUAUGACAAGGGGUACCAGUUUGAGGAGGACAACCCGUACCUGUCCCACCAGGACCCCCUUGCUGAAGGGGUGAAGAGGAUGGAGGCAGGGGACAUCCCUGGGGCCGUGCGUCUGUUUGAGAGUGCCGUACAGAGAGAACCAGACAACCAGCUGGCAUGGCAAUAUCUGGGAACCUGUCAGGCAGAGAAUGAACAAGAGUUUGCAGCCAUCAGUGCCCUCCGCAGAUGCAUAGAGUUGAAGAAGGACAACCUGACCGCUCUGAUGGCUCUGGCUGUCAGUUUCACCAACGAAUCGUUGCACAGGCAGGCCUGUGAGACCCUUCGCGAUUGGCUGAGGCACAACCCCGCAUACCGGCCAGUCCUGGAGCAGAGUGAACGGGAGCGAGAGAAGGACAGAGGGACCAGAGAGGGGGAGAGAUUUGGUUCACUGCUGCCCGAAUCUUUGUUUACCGAGGUGCAGUCCCUGUUCCUCAGUGCGGCGAACUCUGAACCCGCCUGCGUCGACCCCCAGCUGCAGUGUGGCCUGGGAGUCCUCUUCAAUCUGAGCGGGGAGUAUGACAAGGCAGUGGACUGUUUCACCGCAGCCCUCUCCGUCACACCACAGGACUAUCUGCUGUGGAAUAAACUGGGCGCCACGCUGGCCAAUGGAAGCCGCUCAGAGGAGGCUGUCGCCGCCUAUAGGAGGGCGCUUGAACUGCAGCCAGGCUUCAUCCGCAGUCGGUACAACCUGGGAAUCAGCUGUGUCAACCUAGGAGCCCACAGAGAGGCCGUGGAGCACUUCCUGGAAGCCCUGUCCCUGCAGCGCCAGGCGUCGGGGGAGGGCGAGAAGGUCGGUGCCAGCCGGGGCCCGGGGAGCACCGCAGCCACCAUGAUGUCCGACAACAUCUGGUCCACCCUGCGCAUGGCCUUAAGCAUGAUGGGAGAGAGCUCGCUAGAUGUGGCGGCCGACCGGCGAGACCUCGACACGCUGCUCUCCUACUUCUGUCAGGCGGGGGGGGAAUGAAGGUGUGGGGAGGGAGAGGGGCAGGAGGAGAGUUGAUAGUGUGUGUGUGCGCACACUUAGGGGAGGGAGGUGUCUGGGAGAGGUAGAGAGAGAAAAGGAAGAGAGAGAGAGGUCCUGUCCACAAACAACCCAUUAACCCUAUAGGCACUUCAUAUAAACUUGAAAUGAUUGGAUAAGUAUAAACAACAUGGAAGUAGCUCCUUUCGUAGCAUUUCUGCCAUCUUAUAACUACCAGGGUUGGGGUCAGUUUACUUCCUGAAUUGAAAUGGAACGGACUCCAACCCUGAUACCUAUCCAAUCCUUUCAGGAAGAGAGGGAUGAUGAACUGUGACAAGGGGAGAGUAGGACGAAAGGGAGGAGAGGUGAGAAGGACAUUUGAUGUGUCUUUCAGUAACCAAGGGAAUGCACAGGGUACACCAGGUGUAUUGAAUACAUACUAUUUCCUCCCCUGAUCACUCUGACAUCACCUGGUUGCCAGUUGCUUCUUACUUUUUUCAUUAUCAUGUUUGGCACAAAGCAGAAACAGACUGGCACCCAGACUAGUUCACAGAUGUCUGGUUUGUUCCCCUCUGUCCUCAGCAACUGGCGUAGGGAUGUUCUUGUUGUGUCCCUCAUAAUCAGAGGCAUCGUCAUGCCUGUUGAAACUGAGGAGCCACUUGACUCCCUUAGUUUCAUUCAGCCCUAUGAUCCAUUGGAUACUAGUGAAAAGUUUGCACCUUAUGUUUUCCAGAGGGAAUAAAACGGACAAGGUAGAGCAAAAUAUCAAGUUGAGAUGAAUGUUCCUGUAAUGUAUAGAGAAGAUAGGAUCAUGUUUAUUUGGAGGACCUUUGUUUUUCGUGUUUUAUUCCCCCUUGAAAAUAAGAAGUUCAAACGUUGUAAAGCUGUCUUACUGGUUCCGAAAUCAAUUGCUGAAGGUUAAAAAAGAGAUCAUUACAGUAAUAUAGAUAUCUGGCUUUGGAGCAGGGGUGCUGAACGCCAGUCCUUGAGGGCCACAGUGUCUUUAGUUCCCCCCCUACCCCCAUAUUUUAUAGAGAUCGGAGAAUGAAUUAUAUACUCCUACUCAGUCCAAUCAAUGACAUAUCAAUCAAUGAAGUACUUGAGAGAAAUGAAAGACUGCUGACAUGAGUUGUACACACCAGAGUCGUAUUCACUAUUAGCAACCCAAUGGAAGCGAACCUACCUGAAUUUGUCCGACAAGAAGCGCUUGUUUUCAUUUUCUGUUGCUACAGUGUGCAAUAAUGAAUGACUCAGCUUUGGACAGAGGAUGACAUCAGUGUGAAGGGGAUGGUAUACUGAAAGAGGUGUCUUUGGACUUCUUCCCUCCCUCAACCCUUAUUUCUUCAAACAAAUGCCCUUGUAAAAUAAUUAGCUUAAUUGUAAAAUAAUGCUUUUUUGCCAUAUUGUCUGUACUAUAAUUAUUGUACUGUUUUCAAAAUAGUUAACCAUACUGUAAUGAUUAUUCAUGUGAUAUUCAGCAAUAAAGCUCUGACUCAUUGA